AGUGGAGUUAAUUUAUUUCCUGCAUAUUCCUCGGUCAUAUUUUAUUAUGACUUGGAUUGAUUUCUGUCCGGUCGAUGUAGGUCUUGAAGAAUAGCGCUUGGUCCACGUGGCGCUAGCUACAACCACCUUCGCGCUCCUUCCUGCUCCCCCAACUUCACUUCGUUUGUAAGCUGAAAGGAGAGAGUGAAAGUUGCUUCGGGGACGGAUAUGCUUCAGCACCGAGGACUCACAAUGAGUUGGUGAUGGAUUUCUCAGCUUCAGCCGCCAGCGCCAGAUAAAAGCCAUCGGCACGCACGCCAUCGGCUCUCCGCCUCCGUCACACGGCAUUCCAUCCUCGUGCUCCCUCGGACUUUUUAACAACAACCUCUCGGCCUUUUUUCUUUGUCUUGCUCCAGUCUCUGCAUCAUAUCGCCAUGUCUUCCAACGAGCGAAACAUUGUCAUUCUCGGCGCCUCCUUCGCUGGCAUCAGCGCCACUCACUACGCGCUGAAGCACGUCCUGCCAUUCUUGCCUACAUCCAAUGGCGAGAAAUACCACGUUUACCUCAUCAGCCCGUCCAGGGACUUUUUCUUCCGCGUCGCCAGCCCACGUGCUGCUGUCUCCACCGACCUGAUGCCCAACUCCAAGACCUUCUACCCUAUCGCUCCGGGCUUGGCGCAGUAUGGCAACCUUGUCACCUUGGUUCUGGGCACCGCUACCGCAUGGGACAACGAGACACGCACGGUGAACAUUGCUUCGGCUGAGGGACCUGAGAAGGUCCUCGGCUACCAUGCGCUGCUUCUUGCAACUGGCACGCGUACUCCGAGCCCUCUCUUCACCCUUCACAGCACCUCCGAAGCCAGCAAGGCGGAGCUCAGCUCGAUGAACACUAGGCUGGUCAAAGCCAAGAGCAUCUUGAUUGCUGGUGGUGGUCCUGCAGGCGUUGAGACUGCUGGCGAGAUAGGUGAAUACCUGAACGGCACACCCGGCUGGUUCGCCAGCAAGCCCGUCGAGCCAAAAGCUCACAUCACCGUGGUCACUGACAACAAGAAUCUUCUUCCGGCGCUGCGUCCUGAGUUGGGGAAGAAGGCUGAAGGAUACCUGGCUCGCCUUGGUGUGGAGGUCAGGUACGGGGUCCGAAUGGAGAAGGCUACCGACAACAGUGAUGGCACGACUACUGUCCGCAUCAGCACCGGUGAAGAAGUCACAGUCGACGUCUACAUCCCGGCCACUGGCCAGGUCCCCAACACCGAAUACGUGCCCAAGUCGCUGCUCACGGACAGAGGAUACGUCCAAACGAACAACACUACACUGCGGGUUGACGUUGCCGGCCCCCGUGUCUACGCCCUCGGUGAUGUCGGAUCCUACACCCGCGGCGGUGUCAUGGACAUCUACGAUGCAGUUCCAGUCGUGAUGACGAACAUGAAGCGCGACCUGCUCGCCUUUGCCGAUGCAGGCGAGGAGAAGCCCGGCGCGACAAUCACGCCCAAGGGCGGCGACCGGCCGUACAAGCCGAACCUGAAGGAGACACAGUUGGUGCCGGUAGGCCGCAGCAAGGGCGUGGGCGCCAUAUUCGGCUGGAAGCUGCCCAGCUUCAUGGUCUGGCUGAUCAAGGGUCGGGAUUACCUGUCUAGUACGGCGCCGGACCUGAUCACCGGCAACAAGUGGAAGAAGGAGAACAGCUGGAAGCCUACGGACGGUUAGGCAUGAUGGGUGAGGCGUCUUUGGAGUGGCGGAUGAAAAUAGGCAUGGUCGAGGUUGCUAUGCGGGUUCGAUGUUCGAUGUCCCGCAUCCGGCAGUAACAUGCUUCCACGGUAGUUCCCUUCGAUAUGCCCUUUAACACCAGUACAGCUUGAUAAUAGAUGCUUGAACGUCCCUCAA